AUGAGUGAUGGAGAAUCAGAUCAGGGACAGAUCAAUGACCUGUCCUCUACAUCUGAGGACGAGGAGGGCGCAGCUUGCCCGUAUCAUCGCAGCUCGCCCGUAUCCUCGCUGACGGUUGACAGUUACAGUCCAGCGAUACACAUCCUACUUAGACAUAAGAUACAGUUCCACAACAUUUCUCUGUAUGUGUUUCCUGCAGAUGUUGAGCAGCUGUUGGUGGUUAAAGAAGAGGUUCCCCCUGAGCAGCAGGAGUGUAGCUCCAGUGUGGACCAGCAGGAGCCAGAGCCCCCCCCACACAUUAAAGAGGAACAGGAGGAACUGUGUAUUACUCAGGAGGGAGAGCAGCUUCAAGGGCUGGAGGAGGCUGAUAUCACCAAGUUCCCAUUCACUCCUGUCCCUGUGAAGAGUGAAGAUGAUGAAGAGGAAGCUCAGUCCUCACAGCUUCAUCAGAGACAAACUCAACACAUGGAAACAGAAGCUGAUGGAGAGGACUGUGGAGGACCAGAACCAGUCAGGAACUCACAUCCACAUCCACUUUUACAACCAGAGACUGAAGACCAGACUGGAGACUCUUCUGAUCCUGAGACUGAUGACAGUGCUGAUUGGAAGGAGACCAGAGAACCUCAGUCAGCUUUAAACUCUCUGAAACAUGAUUCAAGAUGUAAGAAACCAUUCAGCUGCUCGGAGUGUGGGACAAGAUUUGGCCAAAAAGGAAAUCUGAAUAGACACAUGAUUACUCACACAGGAGAGAAACCUUUUAGCUGCUCAGUUUGUAAUGAAUCUUUUACACGGAGUGAAAAUGUACGGUCACACAUGAGAACUCACACAGGAGAAAAACCUUUUAGCUGCUCAGUUUGUAAAAAAUCAUUUACACAGAGUGGAGAUUUAAUAAAACACAUGAGAACUCACACAGGAGAAAAACCUUUCAGCUGCUCAGUCUGUAAAAAAUCUUUUACAGAAAGAGGAAGUUUACGGUCACACAUGGUAGUCCACACAGGAGAAAAACUUUUCAGCUGCUCAGUCUGUAAGAAAUCUUUCACAGAAAGAGGAAGUUUACGGUCACACAUGGUAGUCCACACAGGAGAAAAACCUUUCAGCUGCUCAGUCUGUAAGAAAUCUUUUACACAGAGAGGAAGUUUACAGUCACACAUGGUAGUCCACACAGGAGAAAAACCUUUCAGCUGCUCAGUUUGUAAGAAAUCUUUUACACAGAGAGGAAGUUUACGGUCACACAUGGCAGUAGUCCACAUAGGAGAGAAAAGAUUCAGCUGCAGUGUUUGUAACAAAACAUUUUCCCGGCGUUCUCGUGUCAAAACACAUAAAUGUGUUGGUCCGAUGGAAACAGAAGCUGAUGGAGUGGACUGUGGAAGACCAGAACCAGCCAGGAACUCACAUCCACAUCCAGUUUUACAACCAGAGACUGAAGACCAGACUGGAGACUCUUCUGAUCCUGAGACUGGUGACAUGGAAUAACGUUUGUGCCUUUUAAGUCCAGGCAAGACUUCUCAAGUGUCAAACAAAAAUCUUUUUGUAUCAACAUCUAGAUAGAAGACAUUAGAUUGUGUGGUAGGAAAAAAAGUACACUCUUAUUUUAACCCUCCUGUUUUCAUCGUGUCAAAUUUUCAAAAAGUUUCGAUAUGGGAAAUUUGGCUUUCUUUCAACCAAAUUUAUAAAAACAAAUAACGUGGGUG